GUUGCUAUGUACAUCCCCAAGGAUGAGCAAUAAGCCGCCAUGAAGAAAUGGGAAGCAGAAGAAGAUGUUCUGACGCGGCGGGCGAUGGAGGAUGAACAGAGGAUGGCGUGGAAGCUCGCAGUGAUGAGGGAGAAGAAGAGAAGAGUGGAGGCGGCGAAUGCAGCAAUGCAAGAACUAGCGGAGGUGAGGACUAUCUUAACAACACAAUUGACUCCGCAAGUAGAUCUCCAACGCAAAGUGGAGAUCAUCGCCCACAGCGUUGACCGGUUAGCUAAAGUGCAAGAAAAGCACUAUGAGUUUAGUCGCAGCCAGGAGAUAUCCGUGCGUUCGAUGCGAACGGAAUUACGAGAUUUUGCUCGCGAACUAGUAGGCGUUGUGGGAUCCGAGGUGAGUCAUCGCCUCGAGAAGACUGAGCAUUUUUGUGUCGGCGCCAUCGAAGGCGUCAAGGUGGCCGCUCCCAAGGAGGAGGAGGCCCGUCCUCGCGGGGAGUCGGUCAAAGUCAAAUUCCCUGAUUCCAACAGUGGGAAAAGGGAAGAGAACUUUGACAAUUGGGAGGCCAAUGUUAAGACCUAUGCGCAUUUGCAACAGGGCUCCCCGGAUCAGCAGGUCUUAAUGGUGAAUCAUGCACUUAAAGACGAGGCCGCCAGUUUCGCGAGAUCCCUUGUUCGUGUUGCCAACUGUAGUGACGAUCCAGGUGCUUACUCCUCAUUUACGUCCCUCGUUGAAUUCUUGAAGUUGCUGCGCGAAUUGGUGAAGAAGGAGAAAUUAGAGGAACAGGUCUUUGUUGCCUAUGUUAGGCACGCCACUAAGCCUACGGAAGAGAAGCCGAUGGACCCUGCGAUUGCCAAGCUGCUGGAGGAGUUUAAGGAUUUGACUGAGCCGCCGACAGGCACGGUGCCGCGGCCCAUCCAGCACCGUAUCGAGAUAGAGCCUGGCAGUAGAACUCCUAAGGGUGUUGUGUAUAGGAUGUUCCCGCGAGAGUUAGAGGAGCUUCGCAGGCAAUUAGACAAACUCCUCAAGAAGGGUUGGAUUAGGCCUAGUUCGUCUCCUUUCGGAGCGCCUGUUCUCUUUGUUCCUAAGAAAGAGGGAGAGUUGAGAAUGUGCAUAGACUAUAGGGGUCUGAAUGCUAUUACAGUAAAGAAUGUUGAGCCACUGCCUAGGAUCGACGAUCUCUUAGAUCGAGUGCAGGGGGCUAAGUAUUUCUCUAAGAUAGACUUAAAGUCCGGAUAUCAUCAGAUAGAGGUACACCCUGAUGAUCAGUAUAAGACAGCCUUCCGGACUAGGUACGGGCAUUAUGAGUUUAUAGUAAUGCCCUUUGGACUAACCAAUGCGCCAACAACUUUUCAGCGGUGUAUGAAUGAUUUGUUUAGGCCGUGGUUAGAUAGAUUCGCUGUAGUUUAUCUAGAUGACAUCCUAGUGUUUAGCCCGACCCUUGAAGAGCAUCGGGGUCAUCUUAGGCAAGUCUUGGAGAAGCUGAGAGAAGCUAACUUCAAGAUCAAUGCAAAGAAGUGCGAUUGGGCGAAGACCCAAGUUUUGAAUCUAGGCCACAUCUUAGACGGAGACGGCGUUAAGCCAGAAGAUAGCAAGAUCGCAGCGAUUAGAGAUUGGCCCACGCCACGUACGCUGACAGAGUUGCGCUCGUUCCUGGGCUUAGCGAAUUACUACAGGAAGUUCGUAAGGAACUUCUCCACCAUCGUUGCGCCCCUUCGCAGAUUGCUGAGAAAAGAGACAAUCUGGAAGUGGGACAAGGACUGCACGUCCGCCAUGAAGAAGCUAAAGCAGGCGUUGAUAGAGUAUCCGGUCCUUAAGGUCGUCAAUCUGUCCUUGCCUUUUGUUGUUACUAUGGAUGCUAGCCAGUACGACAUAGGCGCAGUGUUACAGCAAGACGAUGGCAAUGGCUAUAGACCCGUAGAGUUCAUGUAUGCUAGGAUGCCUUCUGAGAAGGUUGCGACAUCUACCUAUGAGAGGGAACUCUACGCUCUCAGGCAAGCAUUAGACCACUAGAAGCACUACUUGCUUGGGAGGCACUUCAAAGUCUAUUCGGACCAUGAAACGU